CAUGGCUUGUUGAGGGAUAUGCAAUGCAAGAGAUGGAUAGAAGUAUGCGCCACUGGGGAUAACGCCGAAUGUCCGACGCGUGGGCGCCUCUUGCUGUCAUCGCUGAAUCGGAGCAGCCCGAGCCAUCUCUUCUUCUGCCUAACCCCUAACCCCUAUCCUGUCAGUCCAUCUACUGCCCCUACUUCCCCCGCUAACCCCCUCAGAUCCACCCCCACCAUGUCCACCGUCGCCGAGCUCUGUCCCGUCUACGCUCCCUUCUUCGGAGCCAUGGGCUGUACUUCUGCCAUCGUCUUCACCUGUAUCGGUGCUGCGUGAGUCUUGAUCCUCCGUGAGAUGUGCAGGCGAGAUAGGGGGCAUAACUUCCGAAAGAAGACUGCAAUGGGGCAUCGGGCGAUCACCCGGAGGAGGAUAGCGUCGAACGUGCGGCGUCAUGCUCGGGGCCUUGCUUUGUCCUCCCCACCUUGACCUAUCCACUCCGCCCACCCUUCUUCCUCGCUGUACCCAGGAUCAAGAUCCAUCGCUAACUCGACGAUCAGCUACGGUACCGCCAAGUCUGGUGUUGGAAUCUCCGCCAUGGCCGUCCUCCGACCCGAUCUCAUGAUGAAGUGUGCCAUUCCUGUCGUUAUGGCUGGUAUCAUUGGAAUCUACGGUCUCGUCGUUUCCGUCCUCAUCUCCGGUAACCUCACCUCCCCCAUGCCCCUCUACACCGGUUUCAUCCAGCUCGGUGCCGGUCUUUCUGUCGGUCUUGCGGGUUUGGCGGCUGGUUUCGCUAUCGGUAUCGUCGGUGACGCUGGUGUCCGGGGUACGGCUCAACAGCCUAGGUUGUUUGUCGGUAUGAUCUUGAUUCUCAUUUUCGCCGAAGUCUUGGGUCUUUACGGUCUCAUUGUGGCCCUGAUCCUCAACACCAACUCUACCGUCGACUACACCUGUUCCAUUGCGGCCUAAUCGAACCGCUUCAACCACCCUCCCUUUCCUCUCCCCCCCACCCUUUCGAUCACCUUUCUCUUUGAUAUCCUCCUGCCUACGACACUCGACGUUUAUUCUCCGAAUGACACACCCGCGACCGCGAAAGAUGAAAGAUGAGAGAGGGGAAAGAGUAUUUGUUUUUGUAAAGUUGGAGAGUGAAUGCGAGGGUAUCACACAAAAUGCAUGGAGUA